CUCUCCGCCACAAAUCGGCUAGACUCGGUUCUUCCCGGCACUCUCCGGCUUUUCUCGGUAAUCUCCACCGGAUCUCAGGUCCCUUCGCCUCCUUCCGGCCCUCUCCGCCACUUCUCGGCUUGGCAUGGGUUGGCUUUCUCCCCGAGCCUCGUCUUUCUCCGCCAUUCCUGGCUGUGAUCGGCAAUCUCCGCCUGAUCUCGGCUCCCUUUGCCUCUCCUAACUCUCCUCAGCUCUCUCCGCCUGGCCUCGGCUCUCUCCGCCACUCUUCGGCUGGUCUCGUCAAUUUCAGCCUAGUCUCGGCUCCCUAGGCCACUUCCCGUUCUGUUCAACCCGCCUCUCUUCGACUGGCUUCGUCUUUCUCGGUUUCUAGCUGCCUCAGUUGAGCUCUCCCCGCCUCUCUCAACGACUCCUUUGCCGGCUUGCCUCCGCUUCCUUAAAAAUUACAGCCUUAGGAAACCCCACGGGGCCGUUGUACUCUGUCCUAUAGUGUCGCUGUGAAUCGGGAUUGACUACAUGGCAAUGGUUUUUCUGGCUUAAGGCUUUUUUUGUGUGUGGAGGAAAUAAAAACAAGAGGCAGACCCCAAGUCCAAGGGAAAGUGAACGUCCCAGCCACUGGGCGGAGCCCUCUGCGUCCCCACGCGGAAUCCGGCCCUUCCUGCGCCGUUUGGCGCAGAGCUCAGAAGGGGAACUGCGCGUGCGCGGCCCGUAGCCUUAUUUCGUAGAGGUCCUGCUGGUGUGUGAGGUUCCUUUUCAUCGCCGUGGGCUUCUGGCCUGGCCCGGGACCAGGUGCAGCACGCCGGACACCGAGGCUUGUUGGGGUUCUAAGGAAGUGGCUCCGCUCCCGCCCAGUCCUGGCCUUUCCGGCCUCCCUGGAUGGUCCAGAGCCGCGGGAGCCCUACUAGCCGGACUUCGCCUGGAGCCUCCUCUUUCCCGCGGCUUCAGACUCGGCCGCCGGCGCAGCGAAGCGCCUGCUCUGACAGCCCCGGCUCAGUACUCCUGCACGGCCGAGGUCGGGACGGCCAGGUCCCAGGUGUGGCUCUGGAAGAACUGGUCCAAUCUAGGCAGCUGGGGGUCUAUGUUGGACAUCUUACACAUCUGUAAACUGCAAGUAAGGAUUUCAAGUGCUGAUUGGCUUUGUAGACGAAACACUAUUCAUCUGCCUCUGGACUGCAUAGUGGCCUAGCUGUCACUCCCAUCCCUCUUGCCUUAAUUGGCUUUUUGGGCUCAAAGAGGACUUUCACUUAGACUCGCAGAGGCUGGAGCCAGGAAAUGGACUCAGUGGUGUUUGAGGAUGUGACCGUGGACUUUACCCAGGAAGAAUGGGCUUUGCUGGAUUUUUCUCAGAGGAAACUCUACAGAGAUGUGAUGGUGGAAACCUUCAGGAACCUGGCAUUGGUUGUUUCUCAACAGGUUGGUAAUGGACAAAUGAUGUCCAGUGAACAUUUAAUAAUGCAAUUCAUGAAGAAUAACUCCUGGCAUACCAUGUUAGGAGAAAUCUGUGAAUUCUGUGGCAUUGAAGAGCAGCAUAACAAUCUGGGAAGGCAUGCCAGAACGCAUACAGUUGAGAGCCUCUGUGAAGGUAAACAAGGGAAAGUAAAGAAAAGGAAAGAAUGUACUCAGUGUGGAAAACCUGUCAGCAAGAUUGACUAUCUUACCAAAAGAAGUCCUGCUAGAGAAAAUCCUUCUGAAUGCCAUGAGUAUGGAACAGCUUUCAUGAAUUACUCUUCAUUUAAACGUCAUGUCAUUUCUCACACUGGGUGCAAUAGCUAUCAAUAUAAGGAAUGUAGACUAGCUUGCAGUUGUUCUUAUCUAAGCACACAUGUAAAAACGCUUAUUGGAAAGAAAAUUGGUAAAUAUGAGGAAUGUGGCAUCACCUGUAGUUGUGCGUCAUCCCUCACUACACAUAUAAGAGCUCACAGUGGAGAGUGGCCUUAUGAAUAUAAGGAAUGUGGAAAAGCCUUUAGGCAGUCCUCACAGCUGAUCAGACAUAUAAAAACUCACAGUACAGAGCAACCUUACAGUUGUAAGGAAUGUGUGAAAUCAUCUUGUCAUUUCUCAAGCCUCAGUACCCAUAUAAAAACUCACUGUGCAGAGCGACCUUAUGAGUGUAAGGAAUGUGGGAAAGCAUUUAGCCAGUCCUCACACUUAAGUAGACAUAAAAGAAUUCACAGUGGAGAGAGGCCUUAUGAAUGUAAGCAAUGUGGAAAAGCCUUUAGCCGUUCCUCCAACUUAAGGAUUCAUGUAAGAACUCAUAGUGGAGAGAGGCCUUAUAAAUGUAAGGAAUGUGGAAAAGCCUUUUGCCAGUCCUCUAAGCUGACUAAUCAUGUAAGAACUCACAGUGGAGAGAGGCCUUACACUUGUAAGGAAUGUGGAAAAGCUUUUAGCUGUUCUUCCAGCCUGAGGAUCCAUGUAAGAACUCACAGUGGAGAGCGGCCUUAUGAAUGUAAGGAAUGUGGGAAAGCCUUUAGCCAGUCCUCACACCUCACUAACCAUGUAAGAACUCACAGAGAGAAGUCUUAUGAGUGUACAGUGUGUGGGAAAGCUUUUAGUUGUGACUCAUCCCUCACAGCACAUAUGAAAACUCACAGUGGAGAAAAGCCUUAUGAAUGUAAGGAAUGUGGAAAAGCCUUUAGCAGCUCCUCAACGCUGACUGUCCAUAUACGAACUCACAGUGGAGAGCGUCCUUAUGAAUGUAAGGAAUGUGGAAAAGCCUUUUGCAGUUCCUCAGCGCUGACUAACCAUAUAAGAACUCACAGUGAAGAGAGGCCUUAUGAAUGUAAGCAAUGUGGAAAAGGCUUUCGCCAUUCCUCUAGCCUGAGGAUUCAUAUAAGAACUCACAGUGGAGAACGGCCUUAUGAAUGUAAGGAAUGUGGGAAAGCCUUUAUCCAGUUCUCACACCUCACUAAGCAUGUAAGAACUCACAGAGGAGAGAGGCCUUAUGAAUGUAAGGAAUGUGGGAAAACUUAUACUUCUGAUUCAUCCCUUAAUGCACAUAUAAAAACUCACAGUGGAGUGAGGCGUUAUGAAUGUAAGGAAUGUGGGAAAGCCUUUAGCCAUUCCUCAAAGCUGAUUCUCCAUAUAAGAAGUCACAGUGGAGAGCGGCCAUAUGAAUGUAAGGAAUGUGGGAAAGCCUUUAGCCAGUCUUCAAAACUGACUAACCAUGUAAGAACUCACAGUGGAGAAAAGCCUUACAAAUGUAAGGAAUGUGGAAAAGCCUUUUGCCAUUCCUCCAACCUGAGGAUCCAUAUAAGAACUCACAGUGGAGAACGGCCUUAUGAAUGUAAGGAAUGCGGGAAAGCCUUUAGCCAGUCCUCACACCUCACUAACCAUGUAAGAACUCACAAAGGGGAGAGGCCUUAUGAAUGUAAAGAAUGUGGGAAAGCUUUUAGUUCUGACUCAUCCCUUAAUGCCCAUAUAAAAACUCACAGUGGAGUGAGGCCUUAUGAAUGUAAGGAAUGUGGGAAGGCGUUUAAUCGGUCCUCACACCUCACUGAACAUAAAAGAACUCACAGUGGAGAGAAGCCUUAUGAAUGUAGGGAGUGUAGAAAAGCCUUUAGCCAGACCUCACAGCUUAAGAGCCAUAUAAGAACUCACAGUGGAGAGAGGCCUUAUGAAUGUAAGGAAUGUGGGAAAGCAUUUAGCCGGUGCUCAUAUCUAACUGUACAUAUAAGAACUCACAGUGGAGAGAGGCCUUAUGAAUGUAAGGAAUGUGGGAAAGCCUUUAGUUGUGAUUCAUCACUCACUACACAUAAAAGAACUCACAGUGGAGAGAGGCCUUAUGAGUGUAAGGAAUGUGGGAAAGCCUUCAGUCAAGCCUCACAGCUCUCUAAACAUACAAGAACUCACAGUGGAGAGAGGCCUUAUGAAUGUAAGGAAUGUGGGAAAGUCUUUAGUUGUUCCUCAUACCUUACUAUGCAUAUAAGAACUCACAGUGGAGAGAGGCCAUAUGAAUGUAAGCAAUGUGGGAAAGCCUUUACUCGGUCCCUAUCUCUCACUCACCAUAUAAGAACUCACAGUGGAGAGAAACCUUAUGAAUGUAAGGAAUGUGGGAAAACCUUCAGUCAGGCCUCACAUCUCACCAAACAUAUUAGAACUCACAGUGGCGAGAGACCUUAUGAAUGUAAGGAAUGUGGGAAAGCGUUUAGCCAGGCCUCACAUCUUACUAAACAUAUUAGAACUCACAGUGGAGAGAGGCCUCAUGAAUGUAAGCAAUGUGGGAAGGCCUUCAUCCAGGCCUCACAUCUCACAAAGCAUGUAAGAACUCACAGUGGAGAGGUCCUUUAGGAAUGUAAGGGUAAUGGGAAAGCCUUCAGUGGGUUGCUGUAUCUCACCGUAUAAGAACUCAGUGAAGCAAGGCCUAUGAAUGUAAGGAAUGUGGAGAAGUGUUUGUUCCUCAGACCUCACUAGACAUAAGAACUCGCAGUGGGUAGGCUUUUUGAAUGUAAGGAAUGAAGGAACAGUUUCAGGUCUCUUUUGAGAAUGUAAGGUACACUGAAAAGAAAUAGUAUAUGUCUUAUAUAUGUGACAGGUCCUAUGAAUAUAGAAUAUAAGGGAAAUCUUCAGUAUCCAUACUUCAGGACUUCUACGAGACCUCAUACACUGGAGAGACUGCAACUCUAAGCAAAGAACUUGAGUUAUAGCCCAUGACUUGGAAUUUUCAUGGAAAUGUUGUUUUGGUUCCAUUAUACAAAAACUGUCUUUAUUACAAAAUUUCAUCAACCUUUGGUGUCUUCAAAUGUGUUUUUCUUUUAAUCAGCUAUUUAAAAAGUUUUAUUUAUAUCUUUUUAAAUUAUAAAGCCAUAUGUUCUCAUUGUAGAAAAAAUUGACUUUUAACGGAAAAUAAAAACGAAAAAUCUCAGAA